UGUCUAUCUGUUACAUAGCGAAUGCUGCGGAGCCAAUCAUUAUUAAGACAGAGAAUGUAAUUAAGGGGUCGUUUGUUAGUUUUAAAGGCAACGCAUCAAGAGUUAAAGUCAGUGAGAUUGUUUGCAUGCUCCAGUUUGAUCCACAGAGGUUUCCAUGACUUUUAGCAUGAUGUUCAAGUUGGCUUUGGUUUCCUUGGUGAUCUCCUGUGUUCUAAUAACUGAAGCCCGUAGAUUACCUCGGCCACGCCUUCAGGACACCGAACUUUACCAAAGGAAGUUCUUAAAGAACUAUCUGCAUCGUCGCUGGUGUGUUCCACUCAGAGAAACAGGUUGUGAGGGCAAUAACGGCAAAUGCUGUCGAGAUGGAAACCCGUACACUGGAACCAUGCGAAAAUGUGUGAACACGGGCUCUUUUUCGUCACCGACCUAUACAUGUGUGAAAGCAUAAGGAAACACUCGGUGUCAGAUACAAGACAAAACCGAGGGUUUUUUCCAGCGAGUCUUGAUUUUACAAUGUCAAAUGCACAUUAGGUUACUUCUGAAAACAAAACCGUCAAAACACAGGCACACACACGCGACACCCACGCGCGCAUGCACACGCACCUAAACACGCAUAUGAGCGCACGUGCGUUUUUUAGAUCACAGCUAUCUUUAAGUGCAAAUUAAAGAAUAAACGUUUGCUUUUAUCACUUCA